CUGACGCGGCCGCGCCGGAGCGGCGAGCGCGGGCUCGGGCCGACAGUCCGCCAUGAACUGCCUGACGGUGCCCGGGGUCCACCCCGGCUCCCCUAGCCGGCCCCGCGGGCAGAUACAGGUGAUCUUCGGGCCCAUGUUCUCCGGGAAGAGCACGGAACUCAUGCGGCGAGUGCGACGGUUCCAGCUCGCCCAGUACCGCUGUCUGCUGGUGAAGUACGCCAAGGACACGCGUUACAGCUCCUCCGGGGUCUCCACACACGACAGGAGCACCAUGGAGGCCCUGCCCGCUGGGCUCCUCCAGGACGUUUACCAGGAAGCGCUGGGUGCCGCCGUCAUUGGCAUCGAUGAGGGCCAGUUUUUCCCAGACAUUGUGGAGUUCUGCGAGACAAUGGCCAACUCUGGGAAAACCGUCAUUGUUGCUGCUCUGGAUGGGACUUUCCAGAGAAAGGCCUUCGGGAACAUCCUGAACCUGGUGCCGCUGGCGGAGAGCGUGGUGAAGCUGAACGCUGUGUGCAUGGAGUGCUUCCGGGAGGCCUCCUACACCAAGAGGCUGGGAGCAGAGCGGGAGGUUGAGGUGAUUGGAGGAGCUGACAAGUACCACUCCGUGUGCCGAGCCUGCUACUUCCGCAAGCGGCCCCAGCAGGCCGGGCCAGAGAACAAGGAGAACGUGCCCCUGGGCCUGAGGCAGCUGGAGACCGCUGCCUCUCGGAAGAUCUUCACUUGACUGCUGGGAAAAGGGAGGGGAAGGGAGCUCAGUGCUGUGGCUUAAAGGCACCAGGUCUGCCUCUCUCUACUUCAGCAAACUCUUCAGCGCCUCAGCCCCCUCUACCCAACCUCCCCACACCAAGCGCCACAACUGAGGAUCCAACAAGCCUGAUGCUGGUGGAAGCUGAAGCAAAAGCCUGGCUAAAGUGAGUUGCCAUCUCAGAACAAGGAGAGACACAAGCACAGUUACUGAUGCUGCCGCACACAGGCCCUGGGGCACUGCAUGUGGAGCCAGGCUGCAGCACUUCCACUGCUCACUGUGGCUCUGGCGAGGUCUCCCAGUGGUCUAAGUGUGCUCAGGCUGGCACUGGUGCUGCUUCUGGUGCCUGUGAAUGCAGUCCUUCCCUCUUGUGCGCUGUUGCUAAAUUCCAGGUUUCUCAAGACAAUGUACAGCCAUUAGUAUUUUAAAUGCAAUUUUUAGUUUUGUUUCCUAACAGUCUGAGGUAACUUGUUCCUUGUCACAGAGCUGUGACAUAGCUUUUAAACUGACACGCUGCCCAGCCCUGGGCAGGCCCCAUGCUAGCUGCUGUUACUGCCUUGUCAAUUGCUGUUGAAACAGAAGGAGGUAAAGGAGACCUAGCAGCUGAUUUCUGAGGUGUUGAACCUCAAAGAGCUGGCUGUGCUCUAGCAGGCUAUGACAGACUCCUUUGGAGGAACUGGUCCCGGGAAGAGCCUUGUCCAAAUUCAGGGCAGUUUUACUCAGGUUCAAGGCUGGUGCUGACACUGUGGUGCUGUUACCUGUGAAGGGUUUGGAGGCUCAGAGUUUCUUCUACCAAGAUUUGGACAAUUAUUCCAGGGAAGAUCCAGCUGCUUGGUAAAGGGGCUCUCCUCUGAGGAGCUGCUUCUCCACUCUAGUCAUGUCUUUUGCUCCCUCCCCAACCUCCCAAAAUUCUUGAGGCUGACUCUUAGUCUGCUCUAAGCUGACUGAAGGAUUCUCUUCCCUCUUUGUUCCACUCAGAUUCUGAGUCAAAGGAAGGAUGUUGCUUCCUUAUUCUCUGCAAAAUGUUUUUCCUGGAAGCCAGCAUCCACAGGCUCCUAGCAGUAGCUCUUUGUUCUAAAAGCCAGGCAUGAGUCCAGGGUCGCUGUUUGCCUGUGCCCUGGAAGGCUCCAAGAGCUGUCUGAACUGCCUCUGCUGCCCCCAUGUUACAAGUGACAAUAAUUGUACUUGCAAGCACUCGAUUACCAGGGCUGGGCUUUUCCCCCAGGGCUGGGGAAGGCACUGCAGCUGCAGUUUUAUGUUAAUA